AGAGCGAAACAAAACUGUUCAAGGCGUUGGUUGAGAGUAUCGAAACUGUCGAAGGAGUUCACACAAGAAACACUGCAACAAUUGGAGGGCAUAUUGCCUUAGCGUCAAUAACGUCAGAUAUAAUUCCAUUGCUCACCGCCAGCGGCUGUGAUGUCACGAUAAUUGAAAUAAGUGGUCAAGCAGAAAUUAUUCCUAUGGACAAAUACCUGAUUAGAAAAAAUACCCUGCUGAACGGAAAUGGUCUUAUACUGUCUCUUUUCAUCCCGGUAUCUGUUAAGGGCCAAUGUUGCAGCGGUUACUGGAGUGACGUCCCACAUCGGCAACACGCGGCGGCCAGUAAUUACUUAAAUGCUGGGAUGGUUGCUACUUUGAAAGAUGACGUCAUUCACGACAUGCGACUUUGCUUCGGAGGAAUCGGAAGCAAUGGGUACUUAAAUACGAUUGGACAAAACUUGGUUGGAAGCGCCUGGAAUGAUAACUUACUGAAACGAGUGUUUACUGAACUUGAUCAGCUGGCUGCAGCCAGCAAGACUAUAACUGACUAUAAAGCUUCCAUGAUGAAAAGUUUUUUUUUCAAGUUUUAUCACCAAGUUAUGUUGAAGAAAAAUAAAUUGUUUUCGACAGACGUGAUAAAAUCAACAAAAAAGAGGGCCAUUCGAGGAAAACAAUGUUGGCAGGAAUACACUCAAGGGAAUGUUGGUAAUUCAGUGGUACAUGUGUCAGCUAAAGAACAGGUCACGGGCGACGCGCAAUAUUUGGACGACAUUCCUCCGAGAAGAGAUGAGCUGUUCAUCGGGCUCGUCAAGAGUACGUGCGCACAUGCAAAUAUACGUUCAAUUGAUGUUAACGCUGCUAUGUCUAUAGAGGGCGUCGUACGUUUUGUCGACUACCGCGAUGUGCCUGGUAGUAAUUUGACCGGUUGCCUGGUCCAUGACGAGGAGAUAUUCGCGGUCAAUAAGGUAACUUGUGUUGGGCAGAUAAUUGGGGCCAUUGUGGCUGAAGACAGACACACUGCCAGAAAGGCAGCUGGACUGGUUAAAGUGGUGUACGAGCAACUGGAACCAAUUAUAACUUUUGAGGAAGCGUUCGAGAAUAAUUCUUUCUAUCACCCACACCACGAACUGAACCAUGGCGAUGUACAUGCCGGUUUCUCCGAUUCCGAUGACGUCAUCUCUGAUGAAAUGCGAAUGGGUGGUCAAGAACAUUUCUACAUGGAAACUCAUUGUUGCCUCGUCACUCCAAUAGGCAGAAACGGCGAGAUGAGCAUUAUUUCAUCAACACAGAACACUUCACUUGUACAGCGUACUGUUGCCAGCGCAAUCGGGGUUUCAGCAAAUAAUGUUGUUUGUAAAGUAACUCGCCUUGGUGGUGGUUUCGGUGGCAAGGAAUUCCGACCUAUCAUGGUCGCAACAGUCUGUGCUGUAGCGUCUCAUAA